AUGCCUACGAACAUGAACAGGCUGAUUUUACUGCUAGGAAUGAUCUGUUUGGAGCAAGGUGAAUCUGCAACUCUUUCUCUCCCCAAAGCUCCCAACUGUGGGCAGAACGUGGUGAAGGCACAGCCUUGGAAUUACUUAAACAUGUUCAGUCGCAUUGUCGGGGGAAACCAAGUGGAAAAGGGUUCUUACCCAUGGCAGGUGUCUCUGAAAAGAAGGAAGAAGCACAUCUGUGGAGGAACUAUCAUCUCUCCACAGUGGGUGAUCACGGCUGCUCACUGCGUCGCAAAGAGAAAUUUUGCAUCCACAUUGAAUGUCACCGCUGGAGAACAUGACUUGAGCCAGACAGAGCCAGGAGAGCAAAUCCUCACCAUCAAAACCAUCAUCAUACACCCCUUGUUCUCCAUCAAAAAACCGAUGGAGUAUGACAUCGCCCUUUUGAAGAUGGCUGGAACCUUCCAAUUCAGCCAGUUUGUGGGACCUAUGUGCCUUCCAGAGCCAGGGGAACGAUUUGAGGCUGGAUUUAUUUGUACUACUACAGGCUGGGGCCGCUUGACUGAAGGUGGCAUUUUCCCACAAGUCUUGCAGGAAGUGAGCCUUCCUAUUUUGACUCAGAAGGAGUGUGCAGCAGCUCUAUUAACCAUAAAGAAGCCCUUCAGUGGGAAGACCUUUCUCUGCACAGGCUCCCCUGAGGGAGGGAGAGAUGCAUGUCAGGGAGACUCCGGAGGUUCACUCAUCUGCCGGAAUAAGAAAGGAGGCUGGACUCUAGCUGGUGUGACUUCUUGGGGUUUGGGCUGUGGUCGAGGCUGGAGAGACAACGGGGAGAAAAAAGAGCAAGGAUCUCCUGGGAUCUUCACAGAUAUUAGUAAAGUGCUACCCUGGAUCCAUGAACACAUCCAAACUGGGCAUCAGAGAAAGAGCUCCAGGGCCUCAUGCACUGAGCAGGAUGGUGUAGUCAGCCAGUCUGAGGGGGAGCUGCACUUCCCAGGAAGCAUCUACCUGUAUGACGACAGUGAGCAAGUGUGUGUCUGGACCCUGCUGGUUCCAGAGAAAAUGCACAUGUUGCUCAGUUUUUCCCGCUUGGAUGUGGAGGCUUGUCGCCACAAUUAUCUGGCAAUGUAUUCUUUGGAAGACAGACUCGUCGGAAAAUUCUGUGGAGAAAAACUUGCUUCGUCCGUUCUUGUGGGCACCAACUCUAUAAGGCUUAAAUUCCUCUCUGAUGCCACAGAUUAUGCCACUGGGUUUAAUCUCACCUAUAAAGCUCUUAAGCCAAAAUACCUUCCUGAUUCAGGCUGUAGUUCCUUCACUGUCCUUUUUGAAGAAGCCAUCAUCCAAAGUCUUCAUUAUCCUGAACACUACAGUGAUAUGAUUAACUGUAACUGGGUUUUUCAAGCCCCAACACAUCACAUAAUUAAGCUGUCAUUUCAGAGUCUGGAAAUAGAAGAAAAUGGAGACUGCAGUUCUGACUAUGUCGCCGUCCACAGCGAUGUAGAGAGGAAAAAGGAAAUAGCUUGGUUGUGUGGCUUCGAGGUGCCCGCUCCCGUGCUGAGCCUCUCUGGGGUCAUGCUCAUCAACUUCCAGUCAGAUGAAAACGGGACCUUCAGAGGCUUCCAGGCUACCGUUUCCUUCAUUCCUGCAACAGAUUUAAAUAUCUCCAUGUCAGAGGAUGAACCAGUCUCGGUGGAGCCAUGAACUGUGCCACCUGGAGAGAUGAAUCCUUCAGGAGGAAUGUGAAGACGGAGGCAGAAAUGGGGUGACACACCAUCUACAAGCCAAAGAACACCAGCAAUUGCCCGUGAACCACCAGGACUGGGGGAGAGGCAUGGAACAGCUUCUCCAU